UGCGGGGGGUGCGGUUCCGGGUCGUGGCGCGGCUUGGGGCAACGGGGCUGCUGCUCGGCCGGCCGGCGGCGGGGAACGACGGGGAUAUGAGGGCAAGCCUGGAAAGCGGCUGCUGAGCCGGCCGGGAGGCGCGCCAGUCCCCGAGGAUUCUGAGAGUGUGGAGCUCGGGCAAGGGCCAGGAGGAGCGGGGAAGCCGGGCCCUCCCCUCAGGAACGUGUCCUGGGGCCGACCUGGCCCAUAGUGUGGCCGCAGCUUCAGUUGCCUAGAAUGAAGCCUUACAUAACAAAGUAAUGGAGUGACUUCCAUCACCUUUGCUGUACUUUGUUGGCUAGAAAGCAAGUCAGGUUCCACCCACACUCAAGGGGAGGGCAUAACACAGAGGCAUGGAUACCAAGAGGUGUGUCCGUGGACAAGUUGGAGAGGCACUAUACUGUACCAGGCUCCCUUUGAUUGGGUCUUGGCAGAUGGUAGGUGAGCCCGUGAAACAAUAUGAAGAGGAGAAAAUAGCCUUUUAAGGAAAUUGGCCCACAGAAAGGAUGGCCUUCUUGGACAAUCCAACUAUCAUUCUAGCUCAUAUUCGUCAGUCACAUGUGACCAGUGAUGACACAGGAAUGUGUGAGAUGGUUCUCAUUGAUCAUGAUGUUGACCUAGAGAAGAUUCAUCCUUCAAUGCCUGGAGACAGUGGGUCAGAAAUUCAGGGAAGCAAUGGUGAGACUCAGGGCUAUGUAUAUGCCCAGUCAGUCGAUAUUACCUCAAGUUGGGACUUUGGUAUUAGAAGACGCUCAAAUACAGCUCAAAGAUUAGAACGACUCCGAAAAGAAAGACAAAACCAGAUCAAAUGCAAAAAUAUUCAGUGGAAAGAAAGAAAUUCUAAGCAAUCAGCCCAGGAGUUAAAGUCACUGUUUGAAAAAAAGUCACUCAAAGAGAAACCUCCAAAUUCUGGAAAGCAGUCAAUAUUAUCUGUACGCCUGGAGCAGUGCCCUCUGCAGCUGAAUAACCCCUUUAACGAGUAUUCCAAAUUUGAUGGCAAGGGUCAUGUAGGCACAACAGCAACCAAGAAGAUCGAUGUCUACCUCCCCCUGCACUCAAGCCAGGACAGACUGCUGCCAAUGACGGUGGUGACAAUGGCCAGCGCCAGGGUGCAGGAUCUGAUUGGGCUCAUCUGUUGGCAGUACACAAGCGAAGGACGGGAGCCGAAGCUCAAUGAUAAUGUCAGUGCCUACUGCCUACAUAUUGCUGAGGAUGACGGGGAGGUUGACACAGAUUUCCCCCCACUGGAUUCCAACGAGCCCAUUCAUAAGUUUGGCUUCAGUACGUUGGCCCUGGUUGAAAAGUAUUCAUCUCCUGGUCUGACAUCCAAAGAGUCACUCUUUGUUCGGAUAAAUGCUGCUCAUGGAUUUUCCCUUAUUCAGGUGGACAACACAAAAGUCACCAUGAAAGAAAUCUUGCUAAAGGCAGUGAAGCGAAGAAAAGGAUCGCAGAAAAUUUCAGGCCCUCAGUACCGCCUGGAGAAGCAGAGUGAGCCCAAUGUCGCCGUGGACCUGGAGAGCACUUUGGAGAGCCAGAGCGCGUGGGAGUUCUGCCUGGUCCGCGAGAACAGUUCAAGGGCAGACGGGGUUUUUGAGGAGGAUUCGCAAAUUGACAUAGCUACAGUACAGGAUAUGCUUAGCAGCCACCAUUACAAGUCAUUCAAAGUCAGCAUGAUCCACAGACUGCGAUUCACAACUGAUGUCCAGUUAGGUAUCUCUGGAGACAAAGUAGAGAUAGACCCUGUUACGAAUCAGAAAGCCAGCACUAAGUUUUGGAUUAAGCAGAAACCCAUCUCAAUCGAUUCUGACCUGCUCUGUGCCUGUGACCUUGCUGAAGAAAAAAGCCCCAGUCACGCAAUAUUUAAACUCACGUAUCUAAGCAAUCACGACUAUAAACACCUCUACUUUGAAUCUGACGCUGCUACCGUCAAUGAAAUCGUGCUCAAGGUUAACUACAUCCUGGAAUCACGAGCAAGCACUGCCCGGGCUGACUAUCUUGCUCAAAAACAAAGAAAACUGAACAGACGUACAAGCUUCAGCUUCCAGAAGGAAAAGAAAUCAGGGCAACAAUGAGACCGGCCUCCAGCUUCAAUCUGUUGCCGUAGCUCAGAGCCUGCCUGCCGGGGCCGGGUGGCCCUAGAGCCUGCCUGUGUCCUGCAGUCCUCGGGGGAGGCCAGCCCCUGGCUCACGGGGACAGGGCUGGUGGGCUCUUGGGGAAGGGGGGCACCCCUAGGACGGAGCUGGGACAUUUCCACGGGACCGAAGCCUGAGUGGUAAUGGCUGUGAUCAGCAGUGCCCGGGGCCAGACGACGCCGAGAGGAGCCACGUGCUGCCCAGCCACCUUCACUGCCUGAUGGCCCUGCCCGAGGAUGUACAUAGCCGUGCCCAGACAUCUCCUUGCAACUUGAUCAAAUUUCUUAAAACAAACGAAGAACAAAAAUGUACAUUUCUUUUUUUUUUCCCUUCCUUUUAAUAAACUCUUUAUCGUGGUUGGUAUGAUGGACCAUUCUUUGGGGCAGAGGAUUGAUUAUGUUAUUCUCUUUAAAAUCUGCUCCCAUAUUGAACAAGCAGAUUGGAAAAGCUAUGGCUUGAUUUUUCAGAAGAAAUGUUUAGGGUUUAGUCAAUAGUUUUAACUAUGCCAUUUGUUUAAAUGAGUGCAUUGCUCUGAGGAUAGUCUCUUACUAAAGGUAGGAAGGGACCUGGUGACGUGUGUCCAAGGCUGCGCCAUUUUCCCCUUCAGAAGCCUCUCCACAGCUCGUCCCAGCAUCUCUGAUUUCAGAGACGCAGGACUGCAUGCAAAGCUGGGGCGCAGGGAAUGGGGGUCACACUGGGCUCCAGAAGUGGUCUCUUCCAUUUCUCACAUAGCAAAUCUAAGUUUCAGCUGGCAACUGGACCCUCAUGUGGAUUUUCCUGGUCUCGGAAGAGUCUCUGUUCUGCUGUCUUGGAAGGGCCUCGACUCCCUUCCUGCCUCUGCUCACAGUGCCUGCCCCCUGGUCUGAGCAGGCAGGAAGCUGCUGCUUUCACGCCAUCAGGGAGAUGGGAGCAGGGCCUGUGGGGCUGGGUCACCUGAUGCCACAGGCCCUGUCUCUUGGGGGGGAGGGGCAGGGAUCAGGUGUCCGCCAGCGCCACCCCUCUGGCCACACCAAAUGCCUCCACAGUCCUCGCCAGCCUCUCCGGGAUCCCUACCAGGUUGACGUCCUUUCACACUGUCCCUGGCCAGGGUCAAGGACUGGAGGCUUCACUGAGGACCCACAUUUCAGUUUUCUACAUCAUUGUCCAGAAAGAGAUGUGACUGAAAUGGUCGAGUGUCUCUUUGCACAGGCGUCAUCCUAAUGAAUUCCUCUUGUUCUGAUUUUUGUUCAGCCGACAGAAGCAUCCUUUUCUAAUGUCUUCCAUUCCUACCCACCCCAGAAACAAAAGAAAUAUUAUUUGUAGCUUGCUAUCUGUAUUUGAAUUUUUAGCAAUUUUAUAUUUAGAUAUCUUUGGAAAAUGUAAAUGACUAAUUUGGUCAUUAAAUCUUGUGACAUAUUCAAAAUAUUAAAAUAAAAGUCAUAAAUACCUUC